GAGGAUUUUCCUUCUGUUCGAAUCUCAUAAUAUUUAUGCUAAACGUGUAUCAGUUGCCAUUGUUCAUACUAUGCUUAGGAAUACUUUCUGUCAACUCGGCAGACCCAAGGGUCCCUUAGGCCUUCGGCCAGGGAAGGAGUACCGUCUUACGGUUCCUUACCGUAGUGAAGUUACAAUGAUACGUUUCUGUAAUAAUAGGCGCUUUAAUUCUAACAUACGCGAACUCUUUAAAAAGCCUCUCAUGCAGAACAAUCUCAAGGCAAUUCCGCGCGACCUCGGUGACUUGCCGCGGAACUAUGUGCUCAAACUACUGUACUUUCAUCAGCCCAUACGCCUUGUGGAUUUCUGGGAGGUAUGUAAGCAGCAUGAUGAUGUGCCUCUUGACUCUGCUAAGCACCUGCGAUUGGUUUUAAAAAUUGCCAAGCUUCAAAAGUGGGUUUAUGCUGAGAAGAACCAAACGAACAAUCUGUAUUACUACUAUAUUCACCAAAGCCGUAUGCACGAGGUGAAAGAUAUGGUUCACUCAGAUGAAGUGGUACGCAAACGCAAGGAGGAGGAAGAAGCGGAGGUCACAUUACGGCAGUCGCAAGAGGACCAGAAAGAAGCGGCAAGACUCUUAGAUGAUAACAUACUUACAAUGCAAAAUAUUUUGGCACAAGGUAUCAACGCUAUCCGCGACUUUGACCCUGGAUACGUCGAGGAUAAGCCUUAUGUAAUGGAGAACGAGGCCAUAAACUUUACGUGGCAUUGGGAAGGUCUUACUAGGUGCAUUUCAGUAGACAAUGAUUUGAAAACGACUUAGACAAGAUAGACUUGUAAACCAGUUACAAAAGGGAGUCAGUGGAGUCUCAAGAAAUGGGUAAGGCAAGUCAUAGAGGCUUCGUUUUUUUUUAAAGAGCGUUUUUAUGAUGUUUUUUCCUCUCUUUAGCAUUAGAGAAGCUCCUUUUUAUAUUUCUUUGAGGGAACUUGUGGAGAAAAAAUAGAUGAUAUGGACUAAAUAGAUCAACUAUUAUCCAAUAUUUUCUAUUUUAUUAUUAAAUUAGCUGAGUAAGCCUUUUGAAUAUAGUUUAUUUUCGUAUCACGGACUUGCAUGUGUCCUGCGAAGUUGCAAAAAACAAAAAA